CGCGACCGGACCAUGUGAUUUGAACCAGACGCAAAAGUGGGGAUGUCAAAAUGUCCAAUGUUGACAGUUGUGGUUCAGCGGUCGCCGAAAGCGGUAGCAUCGCGGACAAGGCGCCGCCGUAUUUGUCCAAAUGUCACCAAGAAGAAGAAGGUUCGCAAAAUCGAACCAAAACAAAUAACAACGGUUCCAUAUCAAGGCGAUUGAAGAAAGGUAGAGUGGCCGAACUCUCCAGCCGGUUUGACUGCCCGCCCGAUCGCGUAGUGGUACGCGUACGCCGGAACAGGAUCGAGGAAGUCAAGGUAUGUCGUGCACCUAGUACUGCCCGGUCUUUCAGAAACGCUUCGAAAAUGAAUGAUUCGAGCAAAACUUCCGCCGAUGCCAAGAGGAAGCCGAGUUUUAGGAGAACCCCUGGAAAAGUCAGGGAAGCUGUUAGGAAACUGGAGAAUUUCAAACUGCAGGAAAAAACAGUACCAGAAAAGGUUGAACCGAAGGAAGUUAAAAAUCUCAAUGAAAAACAACAGGUUGUCAAAGACAAUAAAUUAGAAGAAAUAAGAGAAUUAAAACAAUCUUCUAAAUAUGGUAAAUUAUAUGAAAAACUACGUUUAAAACCGACUGCUAAAGUCAUGAAGAAACCGAUGACUUUGCCUAAACCUGAUCUAAAAACUCUGGAAAAUAGCGCAUUAAAAAACGGCAAAAGUUUAUUUUUGAACCAACCACCUAUUCAAAAAAAAUUACAAACUCCCAACAUAAAAGACAAAAAUACUUCAAGCAUAUCUAUUGAAGAUAAGGAAAAUCAAAACAAUCUUUUACUGAGCGUAAUUCCAGAAAAACCUAUAGAGAGUCAAGAAUCUCUGCAAUCACCUCGAGUACCUCCCAGACCUUUCAUGGAAAAUACUUCUAAUACCCAAAAUUCUGAAGAUGCUUUGUAUACCAACUUAUCUAACGAAUGCAGUAUUAAACAAGAUAUAAGUGACGAAGAUAGGCUCUAUCAAGAAAUUAAAUCUCGGAUAAAGCCUAAUCAAUCGUUCCUAUUUCGAUCUAUAUCUCAAACUAAUGAUGUAUAUAUGAAUCUAGUGGAAAUAGAUGAACAACAGUGUGACAAUAUAAAUAAAAGUGUAAAUAAUAGUGAUAGUGUAAAUAAUAGUUAUAAUGAUAUUUAUCUUAGGCCUAAACCGAAUUCUUUGAACAAUUCUAAAUCAUCUGUACAUACAUCAAAUCUGUCUAUAGAUAACUCUAUAGAGACUCUAAAUAAAUAUGAAGGCGUCGUUUUGCGAAGAGAUUUAGCAUCAAGGAAUGUAGAUAACGAAUAUGAUGAAUGCCAAGAUGUUACCAUUGUAAAGAAUAUAAAAAAUGGAUCUGUUUAUUCAGAAAGGCAUUUAUAUCAGCGUUUAUCUGACUGUUCCUCGAAACUGUACGACCAUUUAAAUUAUGAAGAACAUAAUUACGAAGUGUGCAAUGAACCUUUGCCACCCAGGAAUGGUUUAUCAACAAACAUCAGGCAUUCAAAUUUAUCUGAAAGCUCGGACGAACGUGUUUGUUCCCUAUACGAAACAAUACCGGCAGCCACUAUUGAUUGCGAAGAUGGUGAGACUGAGAACGUCUACGAUGUUGUCCGAGGCGGUCGAGAGGAAGAAGAGUGCUACGAGUCCAUUGGUGGCGAAUCACCAAUUCCAACCCCCAAAAAGUUAUCUUCCAAAGAUAUGUUGCCUUUACGAAAUUCGAACAUGAUUUCUAAACAAAGGUCGACGUCAGUGGAUAGGGUAUCACCAUCGUUAUCUUCGGAUAGACAAAGUAACAGCCUGUAUGGCGCCAACGAAUUGAACGACCUGGACAGCGAUGGAUGGGAAGACAUUCCGUCAUCAGAAUCGGAGCAAAUUCGGCCUAGAAAAGGGCCAGCCGUUGUUAUAAUUCGGGAGAGAGCCAGAUGUCAUCGAAGUCCUUCCUGGUCGCGUAAAGUUCGAAGGCAGAGAAGCAGAAAAGGUGCUAGGAGAAAGUAUGAAGAAAACAACAAAUUUAGUCAUCAUUAUGAAUCCCUGCCACCAAAUUCUUCACCACCACCAGUUCACGUGGAAACUAGUCAUACGAUACCAUUGGAUUAUGAAAGUGAUUCCUUUGAUAGUGAUUCGGAUUCAGAUGGAUCAUCUAAUAUUAGGAUGCAUAAUGAUAGUGGCGUGGACAUGGACAAUUGUCGCCUUCCUGAACCACCACCCAGUAGCACCCAGUCCUAUUCCCUCAGCAGAUUUGCAACCGCCGCCAGUCGCAGAUGA